AUGGAAGACAAUAUUUUACUUAGCCAUGAGUUAACUCAUGUUAUUUCUAGCACGAGGAUUAAGGAUCCAAUGGCCGCUCUGAAGAUUGAUAUGUCUAAGGCCUAUGACCGAGUUAACUGGAUUUUUAUUCUCAAAAUUCUCAAGGCUUACGGUUUUCUUGACAAGUGGGUACAAUGGGUGGAACAGUGCAUUACUACAGUCUCUUAUAAAUCUUUAGUGAACAGAAGGGUCACAGAGUCUUUUAAAGGGGAUAAAAUUUACGAGGCGCUCUCCUUCCAUCUCUCAUUUUUUCUUGCAGAUGAUGCGAUGAUUUUCUUUAAAGCCACGACCUCUUCCUAUGACCACUUAGCUGGUCUUCUGAGGAGAUUUGAAGAGGUUUUGGGUCAACAACUUAAUCUUCAAAAAUCUUUCAUUCGCUAUAGUCCGUCAACAUCAACUCAGGAUCGACAAUGUUUCAAAAAUAUCUUGAAAAUGGAUCAGAAGGAUAAUUUAGGGACUCAUCUGGGGUCCCCUAUCGAUUUCACUAGCAGAAGGGCGGAUAAUUUUCGUUUUUUGGUGGAUAAGGUGGCCAACAGAAUUCUACAGUGGAGUUCGAUUAGGCUUUCACAGUCGGCCAAGCUAGUCUUUAUCAACUCCGUCCUCAUUAGUAUCUCCUCCCAUGUGAUGAAAUGUUUCAAAUUACCGGCCUCUACGACAAAUGUGAUUGACUCAAUCAUUGCUAGAUUCUUUUGGGCCUCGACCAGGGGAAAGGGUAUGCAUUGGGUUAAGAAGGAUAUCCUGCAUCUUCCAAAGGGGAUGGGUGGCUUAGGGAUUAGAGCGAUGGGGACGCUAAAUGAGGCAAUGUUGUUCAAACAGAGAAUGCAUUGCAAUCCUCAACUUCUAGCCUUUAGGGUGCUUUAUCAAAGUGAGGAGAGCCCUCUCACUACAGGACAAAAGGGAUAA